GGCAAACAGUCAAUUAGAUAGAGAAAAAGCGGAAUGGUUGAAUGCGAUUCAUUGUAAUCAAACCGAAGAAAUGACAGACACGUUUAGAUUCCAACUUGAAAUGUUUCACCAGCGUCGCGGUAUGACCACAUCGGAACGUCGUCACGCAACCGAAUUCGACCCUAAUAAUGGUCUGAUGAUGUAG